ACUAUAAAUAGUAGGUAAACGUAAAUGGUUAAUAUGUAAAUUUGUAGAAAAUCUAACUCAAACGUUUGCUGGUCUGCUCCUCAUUUAGUGAAGCUCCUCCCACAACAGUAUCACCUUCAGUGAAGCUCCUCCCACAACAGUAUCGCCUUCAGUGAAGCUCCUCCCACAACAGUAUCACCUUCAGUGAAGCUCCUCCUACAACAAUCACACCUUUAAAAAAGCAUCAGGAAGAAGAUAAAUCUGCAGAGACAGAGUUAAUUGAAGAACAGAGAGAACAUGAGAGAUCCAGAACCCUGCAGAACCAAACACACUGAAGAACAAACAGAUAAUUGCAGGGCUUAAAGUUCUCCGGCACCAUGCCGGAUUCCCAGUGUGCAGCGUUUGGCUGCGGAAAAAAAUAUCACUUUCAACUCCAUGAGUUUGCCUACCAAUGAUCUAAUGGAGGAGAAAAAGCAUCAUGUCGAAACUGGAGAAGAAAUUCUCUCACAGACUGAAAGUAUUUCUUUACUGAAAAGAAGAGGCAAGAAAGGUUUUGCCUGCACUCAGUGUGGAAAGAGUUUCGCAUACAAACAGAGUCUCAAAAGACACAUGAACAUCCACACUGGAGAGAAACCAUACACAUGUGAUCAGUGCGGGAAGAGUUUCACUCAAUCGUCAAACCUUAAGAUGCACAUGAACAUCCACACUGAAGAGAAACUGCAUGAAUGUGAUCAAUGCGGAAAAACAUUUGCAUGGGCUUCAAGCUGGAUUAAUCACCUGAAAGUUCAUUCAAAUGAGAAACCACAUUCAUGUUCUUUGUGUGGAAAGAGUUUUUCUCAACUGCAGAGUUUAAAACUACAUCAGAAGAUACACGCUGGUGUAAAAGAUUAUAUGUGUUUUGAGUGUGAGAAGACUUUUAGUACAGAUAAAGAUUUGAAACGGCACGAGAGGAUCCACACUGGAGAGAAACCUUACAAGUGUUCACACUGUGAGAAGAGAUUCAGUCGGUCAACACAUCUGAAAUCACACGAGAGGAUUCACACUGGAAGGAAACUGUAUCACUGCACUACAUGUGGGCAGAGUUUCAGUCAUACGUCUUCUUUACGGAGACAUACAAUAAAGAAUCACAAUGAGUAGUUUAUCUCCAGGUCCAGCGUUUUCAAGUGCUACACUGCAUCUCUUCCGUAGCAAUUGAUGUACAUUAUAUUAUAAUGUUUUAUGAGCUUCAUUUUAUUUUCAAAAUGAUCUUCAAAUGCUUGUAGAUGGUUUUUACAGGUUCAAAAUGUUCCUGUGCACAGAGCUGAAAAAUAGGCUUAUUUAUUUUUAAUUAAAUCUUCACCGUUGUUUUAUUCCAACUGUUUUACAAAGUUGUUUCUCAAAAUACAGGUGUGAGAUUCUGUCUUGUAGGUUUACAUCUGAUCCAUCUUCACUUUUGUUCACUUGAGAUGCUAUCUUGUUAGUCAAUGAAGAGAGAAAUACGUCUUUUACUUUACAAAAUGUUUUAUUUCAAGGAUCAAACUUUUGUUGUCUGCAGAUUUUUCUUGCAUCACGAAUGAAUAAUUUAAUAAUUCUAGUUACAUCUAAAAGCCAUGAAAUUGCUUUUGGGGCUUAAUUACGUUUCUCGAUAAAGCUUUUUAAACUACUUAAUAAACUAUAUUCUCCCUCACACCUGACUAUCUUUCUAUCAGUAACUGUUUUAACAUUAUUGUAGUUUGAUACGUUGUGUUACAGAUGUUUUUGUUAGGCUACAGAGUUUCGUAGUUUUAAACAGAUUUUGGCGCGUUUAUGAUCUAUGAUCUAACGUUGGUUUCGCCUCGCGGUGAUGACGUCAUCCGUCGCGCAAGGAUAGUGUGGAGUUUCUGAUGUGAAGAGUUCGCGCCUUUUCACGUAAUUGUGAAAUAUACGUUUCUUAUUUUGUUUUAAAUCAACAUUUUGAUGGGGUUAUUUCUGUAUUGGUCUCAUCGCUAUUUGUGUGCCUGCUGACAUCUAAAGAAGGUUUUGUCUCGUUUCUCUUCACAUACAAAACGAGAAAACUAUUUUGUUAUAAGUGUUAUUAGAAAAACAAAGUAUAUUUAGAUUAAUAUGGACAAAUCACAAUGUCUGAUAAAGAUAGUUGUCAAUGUCUUUGUAUUAGUGUAUUUUUUUUUACUGUAUCUUUUGAUAAAUAUUUGGAAUAGUCUACUUUUCAAUGGAGUCAUCAUUCAUUGUUUGAGUCCAGUAGUAUUUUGGGAUUUCAUGGAAGGCAGAAAUAUUCUGAAAAUAGCUUAUAUUGAAAAGUAGUGGACUUUGCCUGAGAAAUACUCUUAACAGCCUCUUUUACUGAACGGUAAGAUUUUACAAUAUUUACAUUUAAGUGUUAAGAGAGGGUCAAUGACUUGUUUACAUGUUAAUUCGUUAUUUUACUUUACUUUAGCUAUUAUACUUUUUUGCUGUUAAAUUGAAUGUAGUUUCCCAAAGGAAAUGGCGUUAUGUAAUAAAGAGUAGCUCAAUUAUUUUGAGGCUGAUCAAGGGAUAACUGUUAAAGUAAUGUUUUGCAUGUUCUUUUAGACAAUUACCACACACAUAUAUGGAAAUUAUCCAAAGAUAUGGAGAGAAGGCAAAUUGCCUCAUAAUUGGAAAAGUGCUCUGAUAUUGCCCUUUAGUAAAACCCCAGACAACACAGGGAAUUAAAGCCUUAUAGCGUUAACAUCUUACUUGUGUACGUAAAUGGAUGGAAAAGGUAAUAGUUUAUAGAC